AUGCCAGAAGUGACAAUCCGAAUGCAUACAUCAGAUAAACCUUGGAUUACCCCAAAAAUAAAGGCACAGAUUAAAGCUAGGCAAAAGGCUUACUGCCGUGGUGAUAAACCCAAGUACGACCAAUUAUGUAAAAAGGUCUCAAAGUUAAUUCGGAAUGCAAAACAAUCGUUUUAUCAUACCGAAGGGAGAGAUCUUCGUCAAAAAGAUCCUGCAAAAUGGUAUAAAACUGUCUAUACUCUUUUGGGUGCUGAAACGAAUCAUAACUCUUUACAAACUCCAUCUAAUGAAGAUCUGUCAAAGGUUGCUGAAAACCUACAAACUGCUUUUACAAACCCAUGGAAAGAUAUCAAUGUUGACCUCCCGGACAUAAAUGAAGUUAAUCACUUACUUAAGGAUACGUCACCACCGCUACCUUCCUUAGGGCAAGUACGUCCUGCCUAA